GAUAGUUCGAGAGAUUAUGCCGAAUGAGGAAAUAUCGAACACGUGCGCGAUGGCGUGCAGUAAUCUUUUCGGGUAGAAUUGGAAAAAUAAUCGACAGCUCGAGGAAUUCUGCGAUAGGAUGAAAGUACACGAGCGAAUUGUACGAAAGUCGUUUUCUCUGAUUAAACCUCGCGAUAUUUCGAUAAUGGUUAAUCUCGCGCUGAUAAGAAGCCACAGCGAUAUAAUUUUCGCUAAAUGAGUUCUUCUGGUGCACCUUUCAGCGAGACGUCGAACAGUUUUGUAGUUAUUUAUUGAGGCUGAUAGAAGAUCUCGUAGUAGUAAUCAAACGUCGAUAACGCUUUAAUUAUCGGUGCGCUGUAAUUUUCCCAACGCCCCAUAUAAUUUGUCUUUCGACGGUUGCGCUUAUCUUAACAAUGUCGAGAAAGAAUCGAACGAUUUAAGUGUACUUGAACUUUAUCGCGUAAUUAAUAUUACGGUCGUGUACUUUCGCGUCGCUCGCAAAUCAAUUUUCUGCCUCGAAAAAAACAAUUUAAGAGUUGCUCGAUGAAGAAAAAUCGGUAUUCCCAGAAGUCCCGGCGAUGGCAAUGACCGCGAUUUGUCGAUUGCCUUUAUGGAAUAGUAAUCAGCCGGAUUAAUCGGUGCAGUUUUCGAGCGGGUCACGUCUACCUGUCCUUGAAGCUUCGUUUUUUAAAUGUCGCACAGUUGUAGCUUCGCGAAACAAGAAUAAUAGACGAGGAAAGCUCGCAACAAUUUAGAAAUAAUCAACGCACCCAUACCUAACUUAAACCUUUGCACUCGAGAGGUGACUCUCAGUCACCGCUAGGUUUUCUUUGGGUUUCGUUUCUGUGGAACUCGAAGUGUCGAUAAAAUGAUUGUCGUUGUGGCAAAGGUGACACGAUUCUCAAAUCUCAAAUUAAGGAUCUCAUUUUCGAAGGUAAUCCAAGCUUAGCAUUUGUGACAAUAGAAUGCUAAGAAAGCAUCUCGAGUUGUUGAUAGAUACCAGAAAAAAGGCCUCGAGUGCAAAGGGUUAAUAAGUAGUUGCGCGUUAUAGUUAGUUCGUUCCAGUAUUCGCCAUUGAUCGAUCAGACGAUUUCUUUACCAAGAAAGGUAUACGUGUUGCGACAAAAUUCCCGUGGAAACGUGUUCGCGUCGAUCGUUCGCCUUUAAUGUCACCGUUUAAUUGUUUCGACGGAGGAGGGAUUAGGGAGGAUUAAUUGGAACACAAAUCCAAACGUGCAACGUUGUUGCGUAAUCCUCUUCCAUUUCGCUAGACGGAUACCUCUCUCUGAUCGAAUUCCCGUAUUCGCGCAAACAGUUACAGAUGUAAUCGACGGGAUAUAAAAGUCUCUAUACGGGGUCCCAGACGAUAACUGGCGUCUUUCGUUAUCAGUGAUUACACGAUCGCUCGUUUUCGUUCGCACGCACAAUUAUAUGUAUCAGGUUCCCAAAAGUUUCUUUCUGACAGUGUUUAUAUAAAUAGACGACCUGAUUUCUUAGAUGUUAACGUUAUAACAACAAUGUAGCAUUAGACAUAAAAUAUCGUGUAUAUAUUAGGUGGACUGGAAAGUAAUGUCGUUUCUUUUACAUUAAAUUCAAACAAAUUUUUUAUAAAUUUUUAUUCUCAAUUAUUAAUUGUAUAAUCGCUCCCGUUAUCAAUAGCCUUUUGCCAUCUAGUGUGCAUAUUGUCAAUGCCAGAUCGAUAAAAAUCAAUUAGCUGAUGAACGAUAAACAAGUAUUUAAAACUGCACAAACGACAUUACUUUCCGCUUCGCCUAAUAUUACUUAUUAACGAAAUGGAAGAAACUUUUGGCACAGCCUAAUAUUUGUUUUCCGAGCAGCUCGCUCCGCCCUUUUAUUUAGUUAUUCUUUCCUAGUGUGCUCGAUUAAAUUAACGCUUAAUUAUUUCGAGAUCAUAAAUGAAGAAUGCAUAAGGACAGAAAAAUUGAUUCAGUAGCUUGUUGUAUAUCGCGUUGGUUAUUCGCGGAGAGGGGUUCAUGGGGAUCCGGUUGCAGAUCGGUCGUGGAUCGUUGAACGAAAUCGAAAUCAGCUUUCCGCGCGUAACUCGCCUAUCUUAUCUCGCGAUCUAACGUUAGAUUUUCAAGGGAAGCCCAACGAGCAUCAGUUGCGGGAGCACCAGCGCCGGUUACGUGCCCGCGAUAACAAUAACGCGCGAUUACUUAAUCGAUUAAUUUCCUCUGGAUGUUGUUCAGGGAGCACGAACGACGUUGAAACAUGGGCGAGGGACGCGAGGUAUCCGACACUGGAGGUGUCGUGAGAGGUUCCGGUAAAACACCGGAAGUCCGCAGCACCAACACCGAGAUACGCAAGAACAUGGAACGUGGUCUUCACGAGCGCGACCGCGUUGGUCUCCAGGACUUCGUUCUCCUCGAGGAUUUCCAGAACGAGGCCGCCUUCAUAGACAAUCUGCGAAAGCGAUUCAACGAGAACCUUAUUUACACGUACAUUGGCCAGGUACUCGUUUCCGUGAAUCCUUACAAAAAAUUGCCGAUUUACAGUCCAGAGACCAUUCAGUACUAUCACGGAAGGAACUUCUUCGAGGCCCCUCCGCACAUCUUCGCGCUCGCCGAUACCGCGUAUCAGUCCCUCCUGAAGGAAAAUUUUGAUCAAUGCAUCCUUAUCUCAGGCGAAUCCGGUUCAGGGAAGACCGAGGCAUCGAAGAAGGUCCUGGAAUUUAUCGCGGCCGCAACCGGCCACAAGAAACAAGUGGAGGAAGUUAACGAUAAAUUGAUCGGUAGCAAUCCCGUGCUCGAAGCUUUCGGAAACGCGAAAACUAAUCGCAAUGAUAACUCGUCCCGUUUCGGCAAGUACAUGGAUAUCCAAUUUAAUUUCCAGGGAGAUCCAAUCGGUGGGAACAUCUUGAAUUACCUGCUCGAGAAGUCGCGAGUGGUGCAUCAAUUUUCGGGAGAGCGUAAUUUCCACAUCUUCUACCAGCUGCUGGCUGGAGCGAGCGACGAGAUUUUGCGGAAGUUGUUCCUCAAGAGGAAUUUGGAUACGUAUUAUUAUCUUAGUAACGGGACGAAGGGUACAGUGGACACUAUCGACGACGCUGCUCAAUACAAGGAGGUAAUGAAGGCGAUGAAGACCAUGGAAAUGUCUCAAAUGGAACAGGAUGAUUUGUUCGCUAUAGUUGCGUCGGUGUUGCACAUGGGGAACGUUGGCUUUACCGAGGAAGACGGUGUCGCUCAAAUCUUGAAGCCAGCUUCCGUUGAUGCUGUCGCCACUCUAUUGGGUUGCGACGUGAAACAACUGGCUGGGGCUUUUACACACCGGACCAUAGAUGCCCGUGGCGACGUGGUAGUUUCCCCGUUGAACAGGGAACUCGCCAUUUAUGCGCGCGACGCGCUCGCAAAAGCUGUCUACGACAGAUUGUUCACGUGGCUCGUGACCAGGUUGAAUAAGUCGUUGCAACCGAUUCACAAUUGGCCACGGAAGAUGGUCAUAGGAAUUCUGGAUAUAUACGGUUUUGAAAUCUUCCAAAAGAACAGCUUCGAGCAAUUUUGCAUAAAUUACUGUAACGAGAAGCUGCAGCAGCUGUUCAUCCAGUUGACGCUGAAAUCAGAGCAAGAAGAGUACUUGAGGGAGGGAAUAACUUGGGAGACCGUCGAUUACUUUAAUAACAAAGUUAUAUGCGAUUUAAUCGAAGAAAAAUAUAAAGGUAUAAUAUCUCUGAUGGACGAAGAGUGUCUUCGUCCCGGUGAUCCGACAGAUUUGAGCUUUCUGGAAAAGUUAAACGUAAAUUUGAACAAUCACCCUCACUAUAUAAGCCACAUGAAGGCGGACUUGCAGACGCAGAAAAUCAUGGGUCGCGAUGAAUUCAGAUUGGUGCAUUAUGCUGGCGACGUGACGUACAAUGUACGGGGUUUUCUCGAGAAAAAUAACGACUUGUUGUUCAGAGAUUUGCGCGAAGUGAUGUCCCAUACAACGAACUCGAUCACCAAGACUGUAUUCGACGUAAAAGACUUGGCCAGCAAGAAGCGACCGGAAACGGCGGUCACCCAAUUCAAGAACAGCUUGAACAAUCUUGUGGAAAUUCUUAUGGGCAAGGAACCGUCUUACAUUCGAUGCAUCAAGCCUAACGAUUACAAGAUGCCUCAUAAAUUUAACGACAAGAUUAUAGUGCAUCAAGUAAAGUAUCUAGGCCUCAUGGAGAAUCUGCGGGUAAGGCGAGCUGGAUUCGCCUACAGAAGACCGUACGAGCAGUUCUUGCAACGUUACAAAUCCCUGUGUCCGAAAACUUGGCCGAACUACCACGGUCCGGCUAAGGACGGCGUACAGAUUCUCGUAUGCCACCUUGGAUUCGAACACGACGAGUACAGGAUGGGCAACACAAAGCUGUUCAUUCGAUUCCCUAAGACGUUGUUCGAGACCGAGGACGCCUUCCAAAUGAAGAAACACGAGAUUGCUACUAUUAUCCAGAGCAAGUGGAAAUGUAUAUUAGAGAGACGAAGGUACUUGAAGCUGAGACAAGCGGCGAUCGUUUUCCAAAAAUAUAUGAGGAGGUGGCUUGCGAAACAAGAACUCGAAAGGAGGCGAAAAGCAGCCGUUACUAUUCGAAGAUUUAUCGAAGGAUUCAUCACACGAAACGGACCACCCACUCCAAUUAACGUGGCUUUUAUCGAAUUAGCAAAAUCCCAAUGGCUGACCAAGCUCUCUAAAUCGCUCCCCCCUGGCGUCUUAAAUAAUUACUGGCCCCCCUGUCCGUACUCUUGUCGAGAAGCGUCCGAACAUUUGCGUAUUCUACACAAAAAAUGGAAAGCACGAAACUAUAGACUAGCUCUGUCAAAAGAGGACAAAGAGCAGUUCGAGUUGAAAAUUUUAGCCGAAUCUCUAUUUAAAGGGAAAAAGAAAUCGUACGCGAAGAGUUUAGGGCCAAGAUUCCAAAACGAUUGGCUCGGUGCGGAGCACAAAGCGUUGAGACAAAGUUUCAUCAGCAAUAUUCUUCCUAGAGAUGAAAUUAUAAAAUAUGCGACGCCUGUGAUUAAAUACGAUCGACACGGUUACAAACCCCGUGAAAGGGUAUUAAUCUUAACAGAGAACGCAGUGUACAUUUUAGACACAUUGAAAACUUUUAAACUUAAACAUCGAUUGCCUUAUAAAUCUAUCGAGGAAUUGGUCGUUACCGGGGAAUCGGAUAAUUUAUUGAUCGUAAGGAUACCAGCUGAAUUAAAGAAGGACAAGGGUGAUUUAAUAUUGGAAGUACCUCAUAUAAUAGAAGCACUAACAAAAGCAAUUGAUAUCACCAACAAUCCAAACAUUCUUAAAAUUGUUCACACCGAGUCGGUCUCGCACAAACUAGUCAGUGGAAAGGAAGGUGUAAUCGAGUUCAAAACUGGUACAACACCAGCCAUUAGUAAAAAUAGACAAAGCGGACAUUUACUAGUGGUGGCCUCCCCGUAAUAUCUCAAAAAUGUUUCAAACAAAGAUAACGGUGUACUUAGAAGGAAAAGUUCAACAUGGAAAGUACGGUAUAUAAAGCAGCCUUAAUUCAUGUGAUCUAGAAUGGAAGACUAUUAAGAAGAGAUAAUAUAUUAAAAUUUAGUUCGUUUGUUGAACGACACUUGCAAUUUUGUACCUUGUUAUACGAUGUCAGUUAUGUAAAAUAUCUUGUGAAAUAAUGUUUAUUUUUGUAAUUAGCGAAUCACCGACAAAAUGGAAAACACUCGCGAAUGAUACAAAUUGCCUAAUUGUAAAUUAUAUCCGUGCCUUCUUGGAAAUUAACUAUAUAUAAUCGCACAAGAAAAUAAUUUAUUACUGAACAUCUUGUAGGUGCAUCUAUAGAAAAUAUUUCCUUUUUCUAUCUUUAUACUGUAUAAGUCACUGUGCCAUUGAUAAUAUUUCAUGUUCAGAAUUAUCUUACAGAAUAUCGACAAUAUGAAAUUAAAUUAAAUAAUUAAUAACCCUUAACUGUUAAGAAACAAAUGAUUUUACUCUUUUCUCCAGCUAUGCAUGUCCUUAUUCUAAAGGUACAUUCUAAAUGUAAGUCGUGGUAUAUUUUUAACAUUAUUACUUCUAUUUAAUGGUGAUAUUUAUUUCAAAUAAAAUAUUUAGUUAUAAGA